AUGGCGCAGAACCAACACCAACGUCCAUUGACUUCCUCUCCUCGUUCUUAUUCUUCAAUGAUCUCAAACCGCCGCAACGCUCUCCUCCUCCUUCUCCUUCUAGCUCUCGUCCUUCUCCUCGGUGUGUUCUUACCCUGGCCAGGGUCUCCUUUAUUCUUGUUUCCAAACAGAGUCUCUUCUUCUUCUUGUCCUUCUUCUUUGUCUCCGCAAGCUAAAUCCAAAUGGCGUGACUAUACCCUCGCUGAGGCUGCCAAGUUUGUAGCCAAGAACGGCACUGUGAUCGUCUGCGCCGUGAGCUCACCGUUCUUGCCUUUUCUCAACAACUGGUUGAUUAGUGUUUCAAGACAGAAGCAUCAGGACAAAGUCCUCGUCAUCGCUGAGGAUUACGUUACUCUAUACAAAGUCAACGAGAAGUGGCCUGGCCACGCCGUUCUUAUUCCUCCAGCGCUUGAUUCUAAAACUGCACACAAUUUUGGUUCCCAGGGUUUCUUCAACUUCACAGCUCGAAGGCCUCAACAUCUAUUACACAUUUUGGAGCUAGGUUACAAUGUUAUGUACAAUGACGUUGACAUGGUUUGGUUGCAAGACCCGUUUCAGUAUUUGGAGGGAAGCCACGAUGCGUACUUCACUGAUGACAUGCCUGAAAUUAAACCUUUGAAUCAUUCACAUGAUUUACCAAGUCCGGAUCAAAACGGAGAGACUUAUGUAUGUAGCUGCAUGAUUUACUUGCGUCCCACUAAUGGUGCAAAGCUUCUAAUGAAGAAAUGGAUUGAGGAACUUCAAUCCCAAGCUUGGUCUGAGUCCAUCCGUUUCAAAGCAAAUGACCAGCCUGCUUUUAACUUAGCACUCAACAGAACAGCUCAUCAGGUGGAUCUCUACUUGCUUUCUCAGGUAGCUUUCCCAACAGGAGGAUUGUACUUCAGGAACGAGACAUGGGUUAAAGAGACAAAGGGGAAACAUGUCAUAAUCCAUAAUAACUACAUUAUCGGUUACGACAACAAGAUGAAACGCUUCCAAGAAUAUGGUCUAUGGCUAGUCGAUGCUCAUGCUCUUGAGUCUCCAUUAGGGAAAUUGUAGUAAAUAUCGAAUGGCUAAAGAAAGAUAGUUCCACUGAGUUAUAAUUCCUUACAAUUUUUGGCUAAAGGUGUAUGUAUGAGUUUUACUGCUAUAUGACUAAUUCAGUUUGACUUGAGUUUGUAAA